AUGGCUCCAACAAACAAUAUUCAAGUCGGAUCGAGCACGCUGACUGGGCCAGCCGGCGUGCCUCCCACUGGCACUGAACCCAACUUCGAUGAUCCAUCAAAUCAAAAUGGUCUAGUGCGAGCGGUUGUGGUCCUUGUAACUGUCAUCACAUCGCUUUUCAUGAUCAUGAGGAUCUAUUCUCGCAUUAUCCUGAAGAGAUUCACAUUGCAUGACGCUCUCGGCCUUGCGGCAUUUGCGCUUUAUCUAGCGUUCGUUGAAGUAUUUAUCAGGCUCCUCAAUUCCUACGGCUGGUUUGUUGAUAUGUGGGAUCUACGUCUCCAAGACUAUCCAGCUGUCAAUCAGGUGCUCUUCCAGGGCCUGAUCAUUUAUUUCUGCGUCCUCCUACUCAUCAAAUCAGCGAUACUCCUCGAGUGGACCUCCAUCUUCGUACCGAUGGGAACCCGCGAUGCGUUUUGGUGGAUCAGCAAUCUGGUUCUUGCUGUGCACGUCUUGUUCUAUGUCUCAAUGAUCAUAGUCGAGCUUACAGCUUGUACACCAUUCGAGAGGAAUUGGAAUCCUCUGAUAGCUGGUAAAUGCCUCAACACAGUCGGCGUAGCAGUGGCUAUAUCUGCCGUCAAUCUGUUUUUCGACAUAACCAUUUUCUUGUUGCCUCAACGAGUUAUCUGGUCACUCAACAUGCGUACUCAGAAGAAACUCGGAAUCUCAUUUCUCUUUGGAGUGGGCGUUCUUGCCUGCAUUGCAGCAGGCUUCCGCUUGGGAGCUUCCCUUAAGUUUUACAAAUCCGCGGAUGUCACAUAUACGUUCUCCACGCUCGCACUUUGGUGCCUCGGCGAGGUGACCUGCGCCUUCAUUAUUUUCUGUGGUCCAGCAAUUCCGAAGAUCUUCAGCAAUACGGAAUUGCAAGGGCUCGUGUCGAAUCUAAAAUCGUGGGCCGGGUCCUCGGUUAGAAAGCUGGUAUCAUCUGGAAGCUCGAGUAAAGAUGGCUCAUCACUCGGAACUCGGAAGCGGUCCAGAUCCAACUUUUCUCGCCAUGACAACUCGCUAGAGAAAACAAGCUUUCCACAAGUACCGCCAUUGCCUGAACAGUACAGAACAAGAGAUACUGGGAACUUGCCAUCUGGGGACAACAGCGAUAUGAGCCCCCAAGCCGGAGAGAUCGUCCAGACUACACGUUUCACAGCGGUUGAAGACUCCAGUGUACAGAAUAUUGCGGAUGACCAACAUAGCCGCCAGCAUCCUUGGAUGUAUUCACAGGAGAAUAUCUGA